CCCUCAUGCAAAUGGAUACAAACCCCCGACAGCUGCUCCUUGGGCCUCUAACCCGAAGCCCUGUCUUCCCUCUGAGCUUCCGGGAGACUUAGGGCUGCCUGAUCCCUCUGGCCUCUCCCCUUAGAGCCCCAGUGAGCCCCUGUGAGUCAUGGGGGCAAGGGGUAGGCCAGACCCCACAUGGGAGCAGGGACAGGGUUGCCCUCCCCUUGUAAUCCUUUUCCACCCAAAGUAGGGGCAGGCCUGUCAUCCUUCCUGGAUCCCCUGUACCUCCCCAGCUCCCAGGAUCAAACCCAGGGGCAGCUGGUUGGGUUUGUUGAGAAGAAGGAUUAUCCAGAUCAGUCCUUCCUAAUCGCAGCUCCUAUCCACGCCCCCACAUAGUUACUGUAACCCUCUUCCCCCACUACCCUGAGCUAAGGAACAAAAUUGUGGGUGUUGACAGUGGGCCAUCUCUCACCCUCAUAUUCUGGCUCCUGGAGUGGUUGCUAGGUAGGCCCUGACUGCCAAGGUCACCGCCAGGGGGGGGGGGGGUCACAGCCUGAGGGCCCCUGGAGCUGUGGUUGGUACUGCUCCUUUGCACCCCUCCCAAACCCCAACCUUUAAAUCCUCACAGCUUUGUUCUAAUCCCAUGGGGCCUGAUGCUCUUAUCUCUGCCUGCAGAGACUGGUCAGGGAAGCACCCCUUCAACCCCUCCUCCCCCCAGGGCCUGUGGGGGUCUGCUCCUCUCUGCAGCCCCACACUCCCCCCUCCCUUCCCCUAGGCUGGGCCCAAAGAGGCAAGGAAGCUGCCGCCUCCCUGUCCUCUCCCCUCACCCCUGCCAGUGAUUUCAUUUGCCUGACAUCGUUGGCCCUACCCUUCCCUACCAGUGCCCCCCCACACUCAGAGUCAGGGCCAGGCCAAGUGGGCUCCCCUGGCAGCAGAGCCCGGGGCAGGUGACGGGCAGGCGUGGCAGCCAAGGGAGUGAGGAGGCGCCUGGGAACUGGAGCUGGAAACCUGGGAGAGGUCCACGCAGAGCCCAAGUAAGAAGGAGGAGCCGGAGCUACCCCUCAACCUGUCAGCCAUGGGGGAGAUGGAGCAGCUGCGGCAGGAAGCGGAGCAGCUCAAGAAGCAGAUAGCCGAUGCCAGGAUAGCCUGUGCCGACAUUACUCUGGCAGAGCUGGUGUCUGGCCUAGAGGUUGUGGGACAAGUCCAGAUGCGGACACGGCGCACAUUAAGGGGACACCUGGCCAAGAUCUAUGCCAUGCACUGGGCCACCGACUCCAAACUGCUGGUCAGUGCCUCACAAGAUGGGAAGCUGAUUGUGUGGGACACCUACACCACCAACAAGGUACACGCCAUCCCACUGCGCUCCUCCUGGGUCAUGACCUGUGCCUAUGCCCCAUCGGGGAACUUUGUAGCAUGUGGGGGACUGGACAACAUGUGCUCCAUCUACAACCUCAAGUCCCGUGAGGGCAAUGUCAAGGUCAGCCGGGAACUCUCUGCACAUACAGGUUAUCUGUCCUGCUGCCGCUUCCUGGACGACAACAACAUUGUGACCAGCUCAGGAGACACCACGUGUGCUCUGUGGGAUAUUGAGACUGGGCAGCAGAAGACCGUGUUUGUGGGACACACAGGGGACUGCAUGAGCCUGGCUGUAUCUCCCGACUUCAAGCUCUUCAUUUCGGGUGCCUGUGAUGCCAGUGCCAAGCUCUGGGACGUGCGGGAGGGGACCUGCCGGCAGACUUUCACUGGCCAUGAGUCGGACAUCAAUGCUAUCUGCUUCUUCCCCAGUGGAGAAGCCAUCUGCACAGGCUCGGAUGACGCCUCCUGCCGCCUGUUUGACCUGCGGGCAGACCAGGAGCUGACUGCCUACUCCCACGAGAGCAUCAUCUGUGGUAUCACGUCCGUGGCCUUCUCCCUCAGCGGCCGCCUGCUCUUGGCAGGCUACGAUGACUUCAACUGCAACGUGUGGGACUCCAUCAAGUGUGAGCGUGUGGGUAAGGGCCAGCCCCCUACUACAACCUUGGCCAAACACCUUCCCCAGCUCCCCUUGUUGGGACUCUCUUACUGCUGGCUCCGAAUUGCUGGGUCACUGAGCUCUACCCGGGAAUCCAGUCCCCUUGAUUCCCAACCUAGGGCCAUCUUCCCUCAAAAGUCACUCUGAGCAGCCCUUCUGCACUGCCCCAUGCCAACAGCUGCUCCCUGAACGAGCUCCUCCGGUCACCCUGGACCUGUGGGCCUUCAAUGUCUAGUCAGUUCUGGCUUCGGGAGGGUCCACUGAAAGAAAGAGCAAUCUCAGGGAACUAUGUAAUGAGCAGAAUCAAGAGCUAGGGUGGCCUGGGGGCCCUGACCCCAACCUAGGGGCUUAUCUAGGCCCAGCCUGGUCUGAGGUUGAAUCAGAUAGUGUGGCCUCUUCCCUUGGGAGAGGCCAGGUACUGAAUGAAAAUAACACUGGCCAGAGAGUCAGGAUCCAAAUCUUCAUUCUGUUGCUCACUUUCUGAGUGCCCUUGGGCAACUCACUUCUCUCAGCCUCAGUCUCUUCAUUUGGAAACAAAGGAGGAAGAUGAAAGGGUUAUCUUCUCCAUUGGUCUAGUGCCCAUCAAGGUGCCCCUUGCUUUUCUCACAGUGCUGCCAUGUCCAACCUUUCCCUGUCCCCGCCGACCCCUCCCUCAGAGAGAGUCAGGAGAGAUUGCCUCUAGAGCAACCCUACCUCAGAGCUAAUCCUCUUUUAGUCUGCCCCCAUCCUAGGAUUCCUGCAUGUGCAUACAUUCCCCCUGCCAAAUCAGCACAGCAAAUGGGCUGACACCUCUCCCUUUUACUCAGGCAUCCUCUCUGGCCAUGACAACAGGGUCAGCUGCCUGGGAGUCACAGCCAAUGGGAUGGCUGUGGCAACCGGCUCC